AUGCAAAGAGACAGAAAGGUGUUUGGUGCAAUGUGUCCCAACCAACAGGGGAGGAGAGCUGCAGGAAACAAAAAGGAUAAGCUGAUGCCAAGAAGCAGCAGUCCAGUCAAUGUGUACGUUGAGCUGCCCUCCAUCAUUGAAGAAGCUUUUUCAACAAUUGCAUGGGACGAUUUGGAAGACUGUGCGUCUGUGGUGAGACUGGAGAGAGACUCCCUCUGCUCUCAGGUGAAUGAAUCUGAUGUAGACGACCAAGACUUUGGAGAUUAUGCGCUGGAUUUCGUGGCAGAUUCUCCUGCCACACUGGAGAGCAGUCUGUCUCCAGCUGAACUGGUACCAUUCCAGGGAUGUGUCAUACCUCUCCUCACCCCUCAGCGGUACUUGUCUUCAGAGGACAGUCUGGUUCACUCCUCCACAGGAGCAGCCAGCCCACCUGCCCAGGAUGGAGCUCCCUGGCGGGGCAUCGGCCAGUGCCGAGGCAGGGCGUUGGGAGACUGCAUGGAAGUCAACAAUCAGCUCCACGAGACUCUACACCGAAAACAGGAAGAGGUGAACUCCCUCCAGGAGAGGAACCUCCAUCUCAGGCAGCUGGCCAGCCGUGCAAAGCACCUGGCCUCAAUGCUGGAGAAACUGAUGACAGUCAGAGACCCGCAUGUGAGAGAACCCAUGACGCCUUGUGGUCAAACUUCACUGAGUCCCUGCAAGCGCCAGCGACUGGAUGAAGGAUAUGAAACAGAGUCUUCUGACUCAGUGGAGGACAUGCUGAGGGAUGUCAGCACACGCUGCAAUGCCGUCCUACACAGUGCUGCUGCUACUGGAAGAGGACUACCGCAGGAACCAGAGACAAUACGCAUGUACGGUGCAUUCUCAGGCCUACAGACUUCUAUAUCUAAAGACAGCAGCAUGGCGGUGGACGGAGCAGAGCCUGAAGAGAGCGUCUCAUCCUUCAGAACGUCUAUUAGAGAACACUGCACCAUAAGGACUCAGGUGUUUCCUAACGGACGUGCCUUCACCUCCAGGACUCAGCAAGGAGGGUACCGCUUCCGCUGGGUCCCCGACCACAGCUGAAACCAUCCAUUAGUGCUUCUAAUGAGUGAUUGUAAUGUGCCAUACGUCUGGAAGGAAGUGUGGGUGGGCAGUGACUGUCAAUGCCUAACUAAUAAUCUAUAGUGAGAUCUGUGAAUGAUUAAAUAAUGUCUUCCUCAGGUAGCUUGUAAGCUAAUCAGUCAGAGGUGGUGUCUGACAAAGGAAAUGAUACUGCCACAGCUUUUGUUUGCAUUGUUUACAUGCCUCAAAAUGUAAUGAUCUAGCCAAACAAUGGAGCUAUGUUAUGUUUACUUUCACACCUCACAAUGUGUUCUGUCUCGGAAAAUAGAAAUGAUUUUUGGAAAUAAAAGUUGUGUUUUAUAAA